GAAAUCCUGCAGACCAAUCGCACACAAGAGGGUCUGAAGAUCAUUCUAAGGAAGGGAAAUAUCCAGGAGGAAUGUUCUGAUGGCAUCGUCAACACCAUCUCUGAGGAUGUGGACCUGAGUAAAGGUGCUGUGUCCAAUGCCAUCUUAAAGGCAGCCGGUCCUGGGCUCCAAUCAGCAGCCACCGAUGAGGCUCGCACCAUCAGAUUGGCCUAUGGUGACGUUGUGGUCACCGACGGUUACAACCUGCGAUGUCAGAGAGUGAUCCAUACUGUCUGCCCCCAUUGGGACCAGGGAGCUGGCUCAGCAGAGAAGAUAUUGAUAACGAUCAUCAGAGAUUGCCUGAGCGAGGCAGAGAAGCAUAGGCUGGCAUCCCUGUCUUUCCCUGCCAUUGGCACUGGGAACAUGGGAUUCCCUAAGGGCCUGGUGUCCAAGCUUCUUCUGCAGGAGGUCAAAGACUUCAGCCAGAGAAGACACUCCACACACCUAAAAGAGGUGGCCAUCGUGGUCCACCCCAGUGACACCCAAACUGUGGAUUGCUUUGUCAGGGAAUUCAAAGGUCAGACACAAGGGAAUAAUUGGCAGAGUUCAGGUGCCAGCCAAUCACAACAUUCCAAAUCCUAUGUUGGCCAAUCACAACAUCCCAAAUCCUAUGUUGGCCAAUCACAGCAGCCCUCUGGUGCAGGCUUCUUUGGACAGGUGUCAUCACCUUCUCUGGGUGUGUACAGCAUGCAGAUGGGUCACAUGACUUUUGAAGUUUCAUCAGGAGACAUCACCAAGGAGACCAGUGACGUCAUUGUCAACUCCUCCAAUAAGGACUUUAACCUCAAAUCAGGUGUAUCCAAAUCCAUUUUAGAAGGAGCUGGAUUGAAGGUGGAAUUGGAGUGCUCAGAGAUUGUCAAAUCCCCAAGCUUCCAGCAAUGCAGAAUGAUAAUGACAUCAGCAGGAUCUCUCCCAUGCAGACACAUCAUGCACAUUGUGGGACACAAUGACCCUGAGAUCAUUAAAGAGACUGUGUACAAUGUUCUCAAGAAGUGUGAGGAGCAAAAGUUCACCUCAGUGUCCUUCCCAGCUCUUGGAACAGGCCAGGGUGGAGCGAGUCCCUCUGCUGUUGCGGACGCCAUGAUUGACGCGGUGGUGGACUUUGUGAAGAAGAGAAAGGGACGGUUUGUGAGAAGUGUGAAGAUCCUGAUAUUCCAGACCACCAUGAUGACUGAGUUCCACGAGAGCAUGAAGAGGAGAGUGGGAGAGGGAGUGGAGGAGAAGGGCUUUUUAACCAAGAUAAAAGAUUCAGUGACAACAUUCUUUAUGGGACCCAGUGAUGAGCACUCUGCCCGUGAAAACUUUGUCAUGGAGGGAGAGGAGUUUGCCCCGACCGUGUUCCAGUUGUGUGCAGAGAACCCCCAGGCUGUGAGGCUUGCCCGGGACUGGAUUAAAAACCUCAUCGUGAAGGAGCAAACUGAGAAAACCAUCAAGAACCCGUACAUCAGCCAGCUGAGCCAGGAGGACAUGGAGAAGUUGCAGGCCAUGCAGAGGGAGCUGACGGUCAGGAUACGCCUGGAGAAGAAGGGCCCCGACUCCCUGAUCUGCCUGGAGGGCCUGAGCCGCGAUGUGCUUACAGCAGACGGCCACAUCAUGGACAUGCUCCUGGACCAGGAGAGGAAAGAGAACCGCAGACAGAAAGCUUUCCUGGUGAGCAGCCUGGUGGAGUGGCAGUACCAAAACCACAGUGGGACAAUGGUGCCUUUCGACAUGUUCACCAACUACAACCUGGAGGAGGCUGUGACAGAGAACAGCAAAGUGACAAUCAAGAUCAACAAUGAGGAUUAUGAGGCAAAUGUAUUAGAAAUGAGAGCUGUCAAGAUUAGGGGCAGAAGAGAAGUUGAGUUAUUGAGAAAAGACUUGAAAGAUGAUUCAUCAGUGUCUCUGCCUGCACACUGGGAUGACAUGAAGGGUUCCCUCUUAAUGCUGGUCCCACUAACUCCAGGAUCCAAGGGAUACAACGACGUGGAGCAGGAAUUUCAGAAAACGUUGCUCAACAACACCAUCGUUAAAAUUGAACGAGUCCAGAACGAGGCACUGUGGAAGAGCUACCAGAUAAGAAAGAACCUCCUGGAGGACAAGAACAAGCACACAAACAACGAGAAACUGCUCUUCCAUGGCACCAGUUCAGAUUCCAUCACCCAAAUCAACAACCAUGGCUUCAAUCGCAGCUACGCUGGAACACAUGGUGCUGCAAUUGGCAAUGGAUCAUACUUUGCUGUGGACUCCAGGUAUUCAGCAGGAGGAUAUUCUAAAGCUGAUGCACAGGGGCUCAAGCGUAUGUACCUGGCCAGGGUUCUUGUUGGAGACUUCACUCGGGGCCAAAAAGGCUUGAUCGUUCCUCCUGCCAAACCUUCAGGGAAGGAUGCUGAUUUGUACGACAGCGUCACAGACAACACCUCCAAUCCAACCAUGUUUGUGAUCUUCAAUGAUGUGCAGGCUUAUCCAGAGUUCCUCAUCACAUUCAAGUAAAUUGGAUUUAACUGUACAUUCAUUAGUACAUCAAUACUUCAUAACAAAUUCUAUAUGUCUGUGUGAAGGGUUUUAAAGGUAUGUGGGUUAGUUGUUAUAGCCAUGUUUGAGGUUAGACAUCCUUAGAGUAACUACUUUUUAUAGACAUAUCAAUUAUAUUGCUUAGGGCCUGGGCCCAGUUGCAUAAAACAUCUUAAGUACAUUUUCUCCUUAAUUUUCCCUUAAAUGUUCCUUAACUUUAAGUCAGUUGCACAAACAUUUUAAGGCAAAUUUCCCCUUUAAAUUAAGUGGAAAUGUUAAGGGUGCCGAUGAGGUACCUUAUGUGCUAAAUUCAGUAUGGAUAUCAAUGUAAACAGCAUUUGUGGAGGUGAAUGUUGCUUUCCUCUGCCCUCUUUUCAAAAGGAAAACCUCCACCACCAGCUAGCUAGGUAGGUAGGUAGCUAAACAAUGGAAGCUACACAUUCCAUGGCUACAACGCUUGCUGGCUAGCUAGCUACCAACUCUGUAAGUUAGUUUGACCUGAUAGAAAGUAAUAGAAACAAGUUGAGAAAAAAAGUGGUGUUUCUCAGACCAUGAGACAUCCCGAAAAUCGGUCUUCUCACAAAAUCCUCUGUAGCGUCCGAACGGUUUGGCCUCUCACAAACACGUACAUGUCGAUGAGACUCUCAUGAACACGAUGGUGUUCUCCGAUUUGCUCUACGACCCCCACACUAAUAUGACCCGUCUGUGGAAAGGCUAGACUCUCAUGAACAUGUACAUGUCAGUUGUUUUGCUCUAGGACGCCCACAGGCCUCACAAGACUCGUCUGAUGGUCACCCCAGUUGAAAAGAUUAAUGGAAGUAUACAUGGAGACUGUUUAGUGCCAAAAAUAAGUGGUUAAAUACAUGUAAGAAAAAUGUGUAACAUGUUUACUGACCUUUCUUAUAUCGCUCAGAUAUAGGACGGACACUUCAGAACAAACUUCCUUUAUUUGUUGGGGGACUCUGUUAUUCCAUUUAGUGAAUCUGUUAUUCAAUGCGUUUGUAUGGGCUAAUAGCAGUAAUGCCCCCCCAAAAAAAUUCAUCAAAUAAUU